UGGCCGGGCGGCGGAGCGUGGCGUGUGCGGCGCAGGGGACGGAUUGGACUGAGUUCGCGCUGACCGCACUGCCCGUGCAGAGACACAGUGACCGGUGUGUCUGGGCAGCUGGUGAAGAGAGUCUGGGCGAGAUCACACUCUUCUGCAGCGCUCUGGUGAACUCCUGCGCCGUCUUCCGCAGGUCAAGACUGCUGUCCGAGUCCGGAGUCCGAGUCCGAGCGACUGGUGGCGGACGUCCGAGGUGCGGGGCUGAGCUGUGGUCCUCUACAUCCGAGGUCGUCAGCGGCGAGCGCAGUCAUGCAUAAUAGCAACGGUCAGUGUCUGAAGACCCGGACCAUGUCGGGCGGCCAGCUGAUUGGCGCCAACAUCGACAGUAUCGACCGUAAAAAGCCGGACAUGUCUCCGGGAGUGGGCGGCGGGGGCGGCGGCGGCGGCGGCAGGACGUCGGCCGCCCACCUGUGCGCCGGCUGCGGCACCUCCAUCACCGACCGCUACCUCCUCAAGGCGGUCAACAAGUUCUGGCACGAGGACUGCCUCAAGUGCGGCGCGUGCGACUGCCGGCUCGGCGAGGUGGGCUCCACGCUGUACGAGAAGGCCAACCUGAUCCUGUGUCGACGCGACUACCUCAGGCUGUUCGGCUCCACAGGCCACUGCGCCGCCUGCAGUAAGCUGAUCCCGGCGUUUGAGAUGGUGAUGCGCGCCCGAGACCACGUCUACCACCUCGAGUGUUUCGCGUGCCAGCAGUGCAACCACAGGUUCUGCGUCGGCGACCGGUUUUACCUGUGCGAGGGCAAGAUCCUGUGCGAGUACGACUACGAGGAGCGGCGGGUGUUCGCCUCGCUGCCCUACACGGCAGACAGCCUGGACCACAUCAAACGGCAAGUUAAUAAUCUGCAGGCGGACAGCCGGCAGCAGGGCCAGCCCCAGCAGUCUCAGCCCCAGCAGCGGUGCGGCCGGCGCGCCGGUGCCGGCCGGCCGCUGCCCGCCGCGGCCCUGCACAGUCCCCUGACGGCCCGGCCGGCCGCCGGCGACGACGCCUCCUCCGGCUACGGCAGCCCCGACUCGGUCACCAUGGAGACGGGCCGCUGACCCGCGCCGCCGCUGAGCCGCCGGACGGCCGGCUGGCCCGCCGCGCCGCCGCGCUGAGCGGGCGCGCCGGCCCAGACUCGCCCGCAGAGUCGGAUGGCUGACCGGGCCGGCUUGGGCAGACAGUGCAAUCGACAGCAGCGACCCUGGCGGCCGGACGCCGAGGCGCCGGUUCCCGCUCCGGCCGCCAGAGCUCCGGCGACAACGACGCGGCGCCGGCUCGGGCCGCUGAGAUGUGUUUUGAGACGGACAGCGGCAGUGGCUGACCAGGAGCUCGAGUGUGGACUGUUUCUGUCCAUCAGCGGCGCGCGCGGACGUCCCCUGUCCCUCGACAGGUCAUGGGGCGAGUGUGAUUGAACAGGGCGCUCCGCGUGCGGCGGCGGCUGGCGCGCGGGGGCGCUCGCCGCUGGGCUCUGUCCCAGCUGUUAAGAGUUGUUUUUGUUUGUGCGGGUGUUGCGGGUUGACGUGUGUGUUUGUGUGCGCGGCGGGCGGGCGGGCGGCGCCGGCCGCUGGGUUGGGAAGGCUGUGACAUGAGCGAGCCCGGCCGGCGGGCGGAGCGGGCCGGGCCGGGCCGGCGGUGCGCGCGCACGGACCCCCACCGCCGGCAGACGGCUCGGUGAAGGCGCUGCCGGCGGGACGGCCAGCCCGCCCGGUGGCGGCGGGACUCGGACGGUGGCGGCGCACGGGCACAGGACGGCACCGGGUGUUCAGAGCACUGUUUGGCGCGUGCCAGGUACGCCGGGCGGCAGGGUGGCCGCCGGGCCGGCCCGUGUCCGGCGCGGUAUGCAGUGCGCGCGCGCUGGACGGGCAGGCCGCGAGCGACGGAGGCCCAACAGCCGCCAGUGACGCUCACCGAGUCAAUUUAUAAAUAUUUGUUAUUACAUCCCCAUUCAACGACCGUUGUGUUACUGCAUGCUUGUGUUUCGUAACUGGUGCCAUAAUACAUACACAGUGAGUGCUA